AUGCACCACCCCCGUCUGGCCGACUUCUACGAAGACUUCACCCGCCCCCACACAUCCAUCCUCUCAUCCUCCUCAUCCUCCAACAACCCCGGCACCACCACGACGACAACAACAACAACAACACACGCCCCAGCCAGCAACACCAACAACGGCGGCGCCAGCGGCGGAGGGACCACAACCGUAACCUACGGCUCUUCAUCCCCAACCCUCGUGCCCUCCUACCUACCCAUCGAAGACAUCUACGUGGCAGCGCAAUACCAGCCCCCGAACCCAGAAGACGAGGACGACGUGGUGCCGGACCAGCACGCGGCGUUUGGGAUCGCGAGGGCGAUGGAACGGAGACGGGAAGCCGUGUGGCGCGAUCUGGGCAUGGAGGAGUUGAUGGGUGCGAGUGGCGGUGUUGGGGGGAGGGGUGGGGGUGGACUACUGGGUGGUGGGCUUGCUGGUGGCUCUGGUGUUGGUGCUGGGGGGCUGGGGGGAUUGAAUAUGGGGGUUGGGAGUGGGAGUGCGGCGGGGGUUAGGGUGAGGGUUAAGGAGAGUGGGAGGAGGAUGGGGGGGAGGAGGGAUGUGAUUUGUUUGAGGUGA